CAGCAAGAUGGCGACCACAAUGCAGAAUGGAUGUGAAUGAUUUAAACUAAGCGGGUCCGUUUUGCUGGGAAUUUGGAUCUGCUGAUUAAUUGUUCCUCACCAUUAUCAACAUCAUCAUAUCAGAGCGUCAAGAUGGCCCUGAAUGUGUUUGAUCAUGAUGAAUACAGACCACCAGUGUGGAAGUCUUAUUUAUACCAACUCCAGCAGGAGGCACCUCACCCACGCCGACUCACCUGCACCUGUGAGGUGGACAACCGACCUAAAUACUAUGGCAGAGAGUACCAUGGGAUGAUCUCAAGAGAAGAGGCCGACCAGUUACUGAGUCAGGCUGAAGGCAGCUACCUCAUCAGAGAGAGUCAGAGACAGCCAGGCACAUACACGUUGGCUCUAAGAUUUGGGAACCAGACGAGAAACUUCCGUCUCUACCAUGACGGGAAGCACUUUGUCGGGGAGAAGAGGUUCGAGUCCAUCCAUGACCUGGUCACGGACGGUCUCAUCACGCUCUACAUAGAGACAAAGGCGGCGGAGUACAUCGCUAAGAUGACCAUAAACCCGAUCUACGAGCAUGUGGGCUACACCACUCUGAACCAGGAGCCCACUCUGAAGAAACACCUGCCACAAAGCCCUGAGGCUCCUGAUGGACCUGCUGCGGUCAAAGAUGACUGCAAUGCAGAGGAGAGGCUCACGUCUUUGGUGCGGCGGGCGACACUGAGGGAGAGCGACUUGGCGCCCAAGUACGAGAAGGUCCACAACUUCAAGGUUCAUACGUUCAGGGGGCCUCACUGGUGCGAGUACUGUGCCAACUUCAUGUGGGGUCUCAUCGCUCAGGGAGUCAAGUGUGCAGACUGCGGCUUGAACGUCCAUAAGCAGUGCUCCAAAGUCGUGCCCAACGACUGCCAGCCGGACCUGCGGCACGUCAAGAAGGUGUACAGCUGUGACCUGACCACGCUCGUCAAAGCCCACAACACCAAGAGGCCGAUGGUGGUCGACAUGUGCAUCCAGGAAAUCGAGGCUAGAGGUCUUCAGUCGGAGGGUUUGUACAGAAUAUCAGGCUUCAGUGAGCUCAUCGAAGACGUCAAGCUGGCGUUUGACCGAGAUGGAGAGAAAGCAGACAUUUCCUCAAAUGCUUACGAGGACAUCAACAUCAUCACGGGAGCCCUUAAACUCUACUUCAGAGAGCUGCCCAUCCCCCUCAUCACAUACGACGCCUACCCACGAUUCAUAGAAACCGCAAAGGUCUCAGACCCAGAGAAAAGGCUGGAGUCGCUCCAUGAGUCCUUGAAGCUGCUGCCGCCGGCUCACUGCGAGACUCUGCGAUACCUCAUGGCUCACCUCAAGAGGGUGACCCAGUGCGACAAGGACAACCUGAUGCCCAGCGAGAACCUGGGCAUCGUCUUUGGCCCGACACUGAUGAGGGCCCCCGACCUGGACGCCAUGACGGCACUCAAUGACAUACGAUAUCAGAGACUGGUGGUGGAGAUGCUUAUUACCAAUGAAGACGUGCUGUUCUGAGAGGAAAGGAGGGGUAAUAUUCUUCUAAGGAGGAGGAGGAGGAGGAGAGGAAGGACACAGAUGCUCGUACAGUGUGCACUGACUUAUUGUGGACAGAUGAAAAUGAAGGAGAAACACGCACGAUACAUGAGCAGUGAAGGAGGCGGCGGUUUGCAAAGAUGAGACACUUGAGUGGAAGUGGAAGGACGCAGUGUUUUCACUACGUUUGAAUGAAGUAAAACUUAAUCAAUAAAACCAACUUGAAGCUUUUACAAAAUGUAAUGUUACAACUUCACAAAAAGGUUUAAAGAAUCAUUCCCUUUCUUUGUGGAGAAAAGAGAAACACUGCGAUCCAACCUCAUGUUCACAUCUUUUUUCUUCUUAAAUGGAUGCCUUGACUUUUUAUAUAUAUAUAUAUAUAGUUAGCCGUCCUCACCCUGCUUAUUUGGGGGGAGACUAGAAAGAAGAUCAGCCAUCGUUUUAAAAAGCUCCGCUCUGCAUUGGAACCAAUUGAAAAAUGCUGGUGAGGACAAAGUGCCACCUAGUGGCCACUCAUUGUUUCAGUAGAAUAAAAUGAAGAAGCGCCGCUUCCAAGUUAGUGUCAAACUGUGACUGUAAGAAGACGUGUCGUGUCCUUUUCAUCCUCUCCGGGACAGAGUAGAAGCCCUGGUGUUGUAACAGUGAACAGCUGGAUGAAUGGACUAAUGCAUGAAUGGAUGAAGAAUGAAUGGAAAGUGUGAAUAACUCACCUGGAACUGAAGUGACUUGGACCUAUUGUGUUUGCAGUACUUUUGUUUUUUGUUAAUUCUGUGCAGCUCUUAUGUGUAAUUAAACCCCAGCAACAUUAGUUUUACAGUUAUAUAACAUAGAAAAUCAACUCGGGCUGCAAUUAACCUUCAAUCAGUUAAUCUGUACAUUAUUUUCUUCAUAAAUCAAGUACUUAUUUGAUAAAAUGUGGGAAAAUGUCGACGGUUGUUUACCAAACCUGGAAAUGAUGAUUUUCUCAAACCGAAAUGACUCUUGAUUUAAUGAUUUCUUUGUGAUAUGACGCAAAGAAACCAGAAAAUAUUCACAUUUAAGAAGCUGAAAAAUCAGAAAGCUUGUUUUAAUUAUUGAAAAAAAAUAUCAAAAUAGUUGACGACGGCCAGUGUUAACCAGUGUUGUUGCAGUGUAAUUACACUCAGUAUUGGAGCUGUAAAAUGAAUGAUUCCCCCUUUUUUUUGUCACUGUUUCGGAAUCUAUUUGAUGUUCUCACGCUUCUCCACCUUCCAGCUUCAGGAUGAAAACCCUCCUGAAAGCUCAGCGUCAGGCUGUGCGAUGCUUGGGGAAAACCUCAGUAAUAAGUGUUAGUGGUCAUAUUUUACAGCAGGGGCAGAUUGUGAAGUGAGACGCGCAUCAUCAUUGAAUUGAAACAGUGCUUUAUGUUGUUUUUGCUUUGGGUUUAUGUACAUUUUUGUCUAAAAAGAAAAAAAGCAGUAUUAUACUUGAGCAGUGUUAAGAUGCAGAUGCCUGGAUGCAGCUACUACACGGAUAACUAAAUAAUUAUUGGCCUUGUUAAUUCAAAGAUAACUAAAUGUUGGAUACUGUAAAAAUUUGAAUAUCGCGCAUCCCAUCCUGGAAAAAUUAAAAGCGAAAAAAUGUGGUACAAAAAGAUUAAUAAGUGUUCAAGGUUGUAUGAGUAUUUGUAGUUUUUCAUCAGUGUAAUAUUCCUUCCCUGCUCAGUGUGCCUAUUGACGGGGAGGCCGUAACUGUGAAAUACUCAAGAGUUAAUAUUGUUUUCUCAUGAAUAAAACAAGGGACCAAUUAAAUAGGUUUUUGAUCUGCGGACUCUGCCUUGUACAGACAGAUUCUCCUACUUGAAAGUCAUCAAAAAUGUGAAAUGAUUGAAAAUACAGAAGAGCAGUAUGUAAUGUGGGACAAUGAUGUGUUUGAAUUCUCUGUUUUCUGCCAUUUGACUCCCCAAUCCCUGGUCGCUAAUAACACACACUCAUUUAUUUCGACACCCCCCCCCAUUUCUGUCGGGGGACCACUAACGACAUCUUACUAAUUAAUGUUCUUCAUUUGCAAAGCAGCGGCGACUUGCCGCCACGCUGCAAGACACACUUUACAAAGCAAAGACAGAGUUGUAAAAAAAAAGUUAAGUGUAAUAUACGUUUUUUUUUGUUUUAGUUGUUUAAUUGUUCUUUAUUUUUACUGCUGUGUUUGACCUUUAUGUUUGUUAAUUUCUUCAAUAACUAACUAGCAUCAGUUACAAAUAGUGAGCCCUCCAUCAUGACAUGUGUUUUUUUUUUUAUAAUUGUCACUGCUGUAAAGGAUUUUCUAUAUGGUUUAUGCAUGGUGGAAUUAAAUUAUUAAUUAUG